CGGCAAGCAGUUGACAUUCGCGUUACAAGUGCAGUUCCCGCGAUGGACAGGAUUGACGCUGAUCGUGAGAAGGUUCCUCUGUUGAAUCGCGUUGGAUUUACGCCAGAUCAAGGGAGAAAACCACCGAGUCGGAUAUCGAUUGAACCGAUGGUCUUUCUGCAUAGUUUGGGAUGGAGCCUUUCUGAGGUAAUGCUAACCGAUCAUAUCGUAUAUCAAACGUGCGUGUUUAAGCUCGGUUCAGCGGAAGAAGUGUGUUCUCAGUUACACAGCGAUGACAACGCAACGGCCAGCAUGGUUCUUGAACAGGUCGUUCAACCUUACGCCGCUUCCGUAUCGAUGGCAAUCGUCCUGCUAACGUCGGUCGUUCCUGCCGUAGCGGCUCUGUUCUUUGGACCAUGGUCGGAACGGUUUGGAAGGAAGCCCGUUAUUGCGAUCGCAUCGAUCGGAUACUUACUGACUUAUCUGCUAGUAUCUUUGAUGAGCUUCUUGUCGACUUAUUUCACCUUAACUCCUUGGAUUUAUGUGGCAGCUCAUGUUCCAGUGUCCAUUCUCGGAGGAUUUUCAGUAUUCAACGCGGGAAUAUACAGCUUCAUGAAUGAUAUAACCAACGAUGACAAUCGAACCGUUCGCAUGGGCAUUUUACAAGCCUUCACGAUGCUUGGAGUACUAAGUGGGCUGUUGAUCAGCAGUUGGUCGGCGGAUAUAAUCUCUACCGCGACUUCGUUUCUAAUCUCAGCCGUGCUACAAUUUUUAAGCCUGUUAAAUCUUGCCUUCAUGACAAACGAAAGUGUUCCCGUUGAUCAAACUGUAACAGUAAGACAAAAAAUAGCUGAAAUUUUCAAUUUCGAGCUUGUUAAAGAUAUGUCCAGAACACUCGUCAAAGUAAGACCCAACAAUGGUCGCACAAUUAUGUGGCUCUUGAUAGCAGUCGGGGGGAUGGUUGAAUUCGCAAUAGCUGGUCGAGUUUUGUUCUUCCUGUACACUAGACGCCAGUUUGGAUGGGACGUUGAGAUGUACAGCCUCUGGCUUUCCUCGGAACUUGCUAUCAUCAUGUUUGGAAACUUUUUCGGAAUUUUCCUCAUGCGGAAACUCUUCAAAAUGUCGGACCUUGGGCUGCUAACACUUUCAACGAUCAACCAUCUGGGAGACUACCUGAUCAAGGGCUCCGCCCGGCAAGGCUGGCAACUUUUCCUGACCACGUUCAUGAGUCCGUUCAAAGGGAUCGACGGGGCCGCCUCGCGAUCGAUUCUGUCCACCAUAAUGCCCGACGGUGAGGUUGGCAAAACGUACUCGCUAGACCUAUCGAUCAAGGCGGUCACUCCGCUGGUGUCGGUGUUCCUCUUCACCUAUGUCUACAACAGCACGAUCGAGAGUGCUCCGUACGCGUAUCUGUUCCUGACGAGUGGAGUGUUUGCCGUGAACUUGGUGAUUAUUACAAUAAUCCGUUUAUUGCUGAAAACGCCUCAAGAAGAGGAUGUGGAUUCCAAAUGAAGGCCAAUUAAAAUUGCACGUAAUAAUAGCACAUACAUGAUGACUUGA